UGAAGCUUUCAAGUGACCAGUUACGUUUUGCAAAUCAGACGGCCAGAAGUGGUUUUUUACUCCUGGAGAAUAACAUGUAUGUACCUGUCCGAUAUCAUCAGCUCUGAUAUUAUUUUCCUCUGAGGACAGAGAUCGAAAAACAUAUAAAGACUUACCAAUGGAUACCCAUCGCCAGCCUGACCAUUCCGAUGACGAUGCAUCUGCCACCAGUGAGCAUGAUUGUCCUUUGCCAGGGACUGUUCCUGUUGACCUUACUGUUCGGGAUGAUGAAGUAGUGCAUGAAGAACUGUCGCUAGAGGACGGAGCCGCGGGUUUGGGUAAUGAAUCUGAAGAUGAACAGUCAAGGGCGUUGGAAUCAGUCGAUUCAGGACUUGGCAAUGUUCCAUUUGAUGUAUGGCACUCAACUCUAUUACCUUUGCUGUCUAUUGCGGACAUCUUUCAGCUGUGUGGGGUUAGUAGACGCUUGAGAGAGCUGCUAUACAAUGAGUACACGUUCAAACGUCUUUGUCAGCACCGGUAUCACCUCAGUCCGAGUUUGAAAAUGUCCUACAUUCAGAGUGCCAAAGUCAUCUACAUUGCCACCAGGGUAGCCAGUCUGCAUCAUAGCGAAAGUAGGGAGUUCAUGAGCUGCGUGAUUCGUAGCAAUGAUUGUCAAGUUUUCGAACACAAAAUGAGGUCCAUUGUACGAUUAUCAAGCCUAAUGAUGAGGCUGCCUGAGAACGUGAAUACACCUACUAGCUGGACCAGCACUGGGCAGUUGAUGUCACUCGCACAUGAGCAGUGCCUGUACGCGGAGGAAGCUUGUACUUACCUUCCCAACCUUUCACCGAUGUUGAUCAAACAAAGUUGCAAUGUGCAAACAGGUUUAUAUGCUACAAUGUAUAGACUCCAAGACGUUGUGAAUUUGUCGUUUGAGAGUUGCAGCUCCAUUGAACAGUAUCAGAGAGGUAUCAUCACGGAUUUAGAGAAGGAUGUUUCAGAGAUUGUUCCAUACUUGUCCUCCGCGAACCGCUCUAGCCGGCUAGUGGGCAUUGCGAAAGGUUUCUACAACACCGCGAAGCGAGAUGCGAUAGUGGUCUCAUUACUAACAGAUGGGUGGUAUACGGCUUCUCUCAUACAGUCCUUAGCUAAUUCUUGGACCUAUAACCCCUUCUAUCAUAAAGCUAUCGUGAAUGCGACCAUUGAUGUGGUGCCGGGCGAUGACACAUUUGCCACCCGACAGUGGAUUGACGAAACUGCUUGGCUCGCAACAAGACACUCUGUGAUCAAUCUGCUGGUCAAGGGAAAUCUACGCACCGAACAGGUCGAGGAUUACUUCACGGCUCUCUUGGUGUACACCAAGCUCUGGAAGAGUUUGCCACGGUCCAGUCGCCCCAGGCUUGACGAUCUAUACAGUGACUUGGGUACCUACAUACUUGGGCCAUCACCAGCGUCUCAUUCGCAAAGGAUGAUGAGCAGCGUUGAAUUGCUUGACGCGAUGCAACGGUAUGGUAGUGAAUUUGCUACCAAUAGGAACCCGAAAAGCUGAUUUGUAUCUUUAUUUCGAUUUUGAUGGACCACUCGCCUAACCAAGUUCUACACAGUCUGUCGUCUGCACACUCUCGAUGACUGUCUUGAACUUGCUUACUUGUUCAGUUCAGUUUUGAUAUCACAUGUGCACUAUUGGGAGCUGACUGAGUUGCCUAUUUUGUCAACAAUGCAUUGUUUCCUCUCAGCCUAAAGCUCCAACCAAUAUCAUAACUCACUUUCACUCUUUCUAAAGCUUCUUAAGCAUGAAUCAUGCACCGCCGAUACUGCUCAUACAGCUGUUUAAUGUGUGGACCCCGUUUCCAGUUUCUAGUUGUUCUUACACUUUGGAUUUGUUUCAUAGUCUAUGCUUCUAAGGUCACAUGUAUCUCUUUUUGUGGCCUUGUACUUCUGAAGAAAUCAUCUCUGCAUCCAGCAUUUUGACACCCUGCCAUUGAGGAUCUAUGAUGAUAACAAAGAUUAAUAUUAAUGUUGCCUCCUGUCAUUAGCUUGUAUGGUCGUAGUAGUUCAUGAUUAUCAGCUGAACACAUUUUUGGUGACCAGGUUGGCAAGGUUCAUUACAAACUGUGGUGGCUUUUGAUAUUGUGGGUAUAUUAACCCUACAUUGAA